AUGGCAUUGCAUCAGUAUUUAUCAGAGACUUAUGGGCCCACGAAACCCAAAAAUAAGACGAAAAAGAAGAAGAAAGAGUCAAAAUCAGACGCUAACUCAGACAAAACUUCUUUGAUAGUAAAAGAACGGCUAAGUACACUGCAACAAGAACAGGAGAAGUCAGGAGUUGCUUCAUUCAGCAAGUUUGACAAACAAAAAAGCAAGAAUAUAUGGAAGAACCUGGAAACAAACGAGCUUUCCCAUGCAAUAACACAUCCUUCCGCAUCGUCAAUUACUGGCAACGAAAGCAAGAACGAUCUAAAGGAAAUCAGGGCUCAAGAGCCACUUGUCACAGUAGCAGACAAAUCGAAAACACGAAAAACCAUAUACAGAGACGCUCAAGGUCACAAGAUUCAGGAAGAUUCCAAGAUAGACGAUUCUAGUUUUAGUCGAUCUAAAUAUGAAGAUGAGAAAGCCGCGGAAAGAGAGCAAUACCUGAAAAAUUUGAAUAUGGGAGACGUGCAAAAGCUUGGAAUAAAUGUAGAUGCACAUGAUAAGAAGAAAAAUCAAACUGCCUCGAGUCUGACGAUAGAAGACCCUGCAAUAACAUUUACACAUGACAAAGAAAGAACUGUAAAAACAUCUUUACUGGGCCGCAAGCUUUAUGAUAAGCCAGCACCUGAGAACAGGUUUGCCAUUAUGCCUGGGUCAAGAUGGGACGGUGUCCACAGAUCAAAUGGCUUUGAAGAAAAAUGGUUUGCUAAGCAAAAUGAGAUCAAUGAGAAGAAAGUGCAAAGCUACACCCUACAGGAGGAUUAUUGA